GCAAGGCGCCCAGCUCCCGGCCGGUCCUGCCUGCCCUGCUCUGUCCCUGCGGCGGCAGCCUCCUCCUCCUCCUCUUGCGCGCUGAGCUCAGACGCUGCCGGGCCGGGCCACGGCGAGCUGUCAGCUAUCGGGGCGGAGCGCAGCUCUAGGGAAGGAAGGGAAGGGGCCGAGCCGCAGCUGGUGCUGGGGGCUUAGAGAAUGGCGGCCGGCAGCGGCAGCGGCGCUGGACCAGGAUCAGCGGGAUCCCCGCCGGCAGGUCUGAUCCCAAUCCUCCUCACCUGUCCUGAUCGGAGCCCCCCAGGCCGAGAACUCUAACGCUACCACCACUCAAAGCUCUAAAGAUGAACAAGGAAGCCACGGAGGUCUCUGAGAAUAACCACCACCUGAAGGUUUUCCUGCCGAAGAAGCUGGUGGAUUGUGUGCCUAAGUGCCCUGCCCUGCCGAAGGAACGCCUGUGCUGGAACACCAAUGAGGAGAUCGCUUCCUAUCUGAUCACCUUUGAGAAACAUGAAGAGUGGCUCUCGUGUUCACCCAAGACCAGACCCCAGAAUGGAUCCAUCAUUCUGUACAACCGCAAGAAGGUGAAGUACCGGAAGGACGGCUAUUGCUGGAAGAAGCGGAAGGACGGCAAGACCACCCGUGAGGACCACAUGAAGCUGAAAGUGAAAGGCGUGGAGUGUCUCUAUGGCUGCUAUGUCCACUCGUCCAUCGUCCCCACAUUCCACCGGCGCUGCUAUUGGCUGCUGCAGAAUCCAGAUAUUGUGUUGGUUCAUUACCUGAACGUCCCGGCGAUUGAGGACUGUGGCAAGAUCUGCGGCCCUGUCUUGUGCUCCAUCAACAGCGACCGCAAGGAGUGGCUGAAGUGGUCAAAGGAAGAGCUGGUUGGCCAACUGAAGCCAAUGUUUCAUGGGAUAAAGUGGACGUGCAGCAAUGGGAACGGCACAGCAGAGUUCUCCAUUGAGCAGCUGGUGCAGCAGAUCUUGGAGAGUCACCAGGCCAAACCCCCUCCGCGGACUCAUGCCUGCCUCUGCAGCAGCACCCUGGGGAGCCCCGGCCACAUCCCCCACAAAUGCAGCACCACGAAGCAUCGCAUCAUCUCCCCAAAGGUGGAUGUCCGCCCUAGCCCAUAUCCUGCCCUGACGGAGGUCCAGAACAUCUCCAGCGGCGGUCCUGAGGCAAAAGCUGAGCCAGAACUGGCCAAGUUGUCUGGAUCUGACAGCAAGGAACAGAAGCUAGCCAAAGCUGCCACCGCUGCCUCUCCCGGCGUGCCUGAUGCCUCCCCUGACCCCACAGUGUGCUCUCCCAGCCUGGCCCAGCCCAACGGCUUCCCCAAGCAGGAGCUGCCGGGGGUCACGCUUUCCGUGGGCCUUCCCAGGAGCACAAUUUUGGUCAUGACGGGGCUGAGCAGUGCUGAAAAGCCACUGGCGCUGACUCCUAGCCAGCACCUGGUGUCCGGAGACAGUGGUGGGGCACCUGCCACCCCCCUCGGCUUGGCCCUUCUGCCAGGACUGGGCCUGGUCCUGUCUCAAAACCUGGAAUCCACCAUGGAGACGAAUGAAGUGGCCCUGGCGACCUUUGACCCGGACUGUUUCCUGAACAGCCCCAAGCAAGGCCAGACUUACGGAGGUGGGGCAGGGCUCGAAGCCAAGCCUGAGCCCCCAGAGACCCCCGCUCCCCCAGCGCCUUACUCUCUGUACAUGCCCAGCAACCGCUUUUUCAUCCAGGACGAUGGGGCCGGACAGGUGCCCGUGCCCCCCUCGCCGUGCUCCGGUGUAAAGACGGAGGCCAAGAGCAGCCCAGAGGUCACCCCCAUGGAGACAGCAGGAGAAGGGAGCUCUCAGGCCGAGGGGGCACCCAGGGAAGGUGGGGCCCCAGCUGGAGGGGUGGGAGAGAUCGCUGCAACAGAGCUUCAGGAAGAGCUCUACUCCAUGAUCCAGGCAGCGUCAGGGGCAGCGGGUGGUCUUUUCGGCCUCUCGUUCGACGGCCACUUCCCAGACCUCAUUAAUGAGCUCAUGACUGAUGACGGGGGGCCUGGCAGCGCACGCAGCACAGAUGGGGAUGCCAGCUCCAGCUCAGAGAGCCCCGUGCCAGCCCUGCCGGAGGCUCUGCCGGAGGCUCUGCCGGAGGAGGAGCCCUGCUAUGCAGCAGAAGGGGGCACGGGGGGAUCCCCCCAGCCGCUUGUGUCAAUCACUGACUUCUCGCCUGAGUGGUCCUACCCAGAGGGCGGGGUCAAGGUGCUCAUCACCGGCCCCUGGAUGGAGGAGACCAAGCCGUACAGUUGCCUCUUUGAUCAAAUGUCCGUCCCUGCAUUGCUCAUCCAGUCUGGGGUGCUGCGAUGCUACUGCCCAGCCCACGAGGCAGGCGUGGUGCCCUUGCAAGUGGCCCAUGACUCACACUUGGUCUCCACAUCGGUUCUGUUUGAGUACCGGGCCCGGAACUUCAUGGCAUUGCCCAGCACCCAGAUGGAUUGGCUCUCCCUGGAUGAUAAUCAGUUCAGAAUGUCUAUCCUGGAGCGCCUGGAGCAGAUGGAGAAGCGAAUGGCGGAGAUGACCGCGGCCUCCGCAGCAACUGCUACCGCAGGAACAGCUCAAGCCCAACAGGGAGGAGGGGAGAGGCCUCCGAGUCAGCAGGCCACCUUGGACUCAUUCGAAGACCGCAUCGUGGCCCUGUGCGAGAAGAUGAUGUCUCAGUCCUGCUGGCUCCGCUCAGAGACCCUCGUUCACCACGUCAGCUUCCGGGGAAUGACCCUCCUCCACCUGGCUGCAGCGCAAGGGUACACCCGCCUCAUUGAGACCCUCAUCAAGUGGCGGAACCUCAGUGCUCAGAGCCUGGACCUGGAGCAGGAAGUUGACCCCCUGAACGUGGACCACUUCUCCUGCACCCCACUGAUGUGGGCCUGUGCCCUUGGCCAUUUGGAAGCAGCCCAGCUUCUCUACCGUUGGAACAGCCACGCCCUUUCCAUCCCGGACUCCCUGGGCCGUCUCCCGCUCGCUGUGGCUCGUUCCCGCGGCCACGUCAAGCUCGCCACAUGCUUGGAGGAGCUGCAAUGGCAGGAGGAGCAGCCUGCAGAACUUCUGGCUGCGGAGCCUGUCCUGGACAUUCCAGGGAGCCCCAGCAAGGCCAGCAGUGGCCCUCGGCGCCCGGCAGAAGCCCUGCGCAUCCCGUCUCCGCUGUCAGCCAGUCCAGACACAGGGCGGAGCACCGCAAGUGGAGUCUCGUCACCUUCUGAGCUGUCCGAGGGCUCCAUCUCCAUCACCUCGGCCUACUCCAGCGGGUCGGCCCUGCGGGAGUCGCCAGCGUACAGCCCAGAAGCUGAGGGCGCCAUGGACGUUUGCCACGCCCCAGCACCUGGAAGCAUUGCCGGCUGGUACCUGCGGGAGACCCCCAGCCCCCACGGCCUGCCCCACGCCCCCUUCUUCAUGGACUAUGAUGAGGUGGGGGCUGGGGGCCAUGCAGCAGGAGGCCCUGAGCCAGACCUGGAGCCAGAGUUGCUGGGCUAUGGGGAAAAUGCCGAGAACGAGGACUACUUGCCGGCUACGGAUGUCCUGCAGGUGGAUGUGAUAACCCUGGCCAAGCAGAUCAUCGAGGCGACACCGGAGCGCAUUAAGCAGGAGGACUUCAGCUCCUCCGAGACACCUCUCCGGGAGCGACCAGGCAACCUGGGCCUGAACGAGACCAUGUCCUGGCUGGCCAGCUACCUGGAGAAUGUUGACCAGCUGCCCAACUUCUCCCAACGACGGUCCUUGACUUCCUCCCCGUCGGGUCACGCCUGCCUCAGCCCCCUGCCUGCCCCACUGGGCGAACUGUCCUUUGACCGCCUCUCCCCGCCCCCCACGGCAGCCAGCUGGGCGGAGUUCCUCAAUGCCUCUGCCAAUGGGAAGAUGGAGAGUGACUUUGCCUUGCUGACGCUGUCGGACCAUGAGCAGCGUGAACUCUACGAGGCUGCCAAAAUCAUCCAGACGGCCUUCCGCAAAUACAAGGGCCGCCGCCUGAAGGAGCAGCAGGAAAUGGCAGCCGCUGUCAUCCAGCGAUGUUACCGUAAAUAUAAGCAGUAUGCGCUCUAUAAGAAGAUGACCCAAGCCGCCAUCUUGAUCCAGAGCAAGUUCCGCAGCUACUAUGAGCAGAAGAAGUUCCAGCAGAGCCGGAGGGCUGCGGUCCUGAUCCAGCAAUAUUACCGCAGCUACAAGGAGUAUGAGAAGCUGAAGCAAGGCCGCAGGGCCUCCGCCGCCAUGCAGCAGAAGAUCAAGUGGGUCCCAGGACGCCUGGGACCUCCAGAAAGAGGAACGUUCCUAACCAAAAAGCAAGAUCAGGCAGCCCGUAAGAUCAUGAGGUUCCUACGACGUUGCCGACACAGGAUGAAGGAGUUGAAGCAGCGGCAGGAGCUGGAGGGCCCCUCCCAGAAGCGAGGCCUGGCCCCCUAACCCCAGGAUGACGGCAGUGGCCUCCGGAGGAGAGUCUUAAGCCCAGCCGAGGCCCCUUGAAGAAGGAACGGGGUGGGGCAGGCUGCCUGCCACCCCCAUUUCAAGUAUUGUGCAAUAGUGACUGUCCAGGGAGGGGCAGAGUCCUUUCUCCUCCCCCUGGGGAGGGGUGGAGGGUGCCCUUGCUCGGAUGCCAGCGCUGAGGCCCCAGCAGGGACGCCCCCCACCCUGUGGUGCUGGACUCCCCCACUCCCCAGCCCACCCUCUCUCUGCCCCCCCACGCCACGCCUUACAUCCGUGCCAAGUCUUUGCCCCUCCUUUCCUCCUCCCUCCCUCUCACCCUAAGCCAUGGGGGGGGCAGAGCUCUUUCCAGGGGGUCAGAGUAGCAAACUGUGUGGUGGCAGAAGGCCUGGUCCUGGGGGUGUGUGCAGGGAGGUGGUGGUGGCUGAAGCCUCCUCUAAGCCAAGGAAGCCACCUUCUCCUGAGUCAGACCUCUCAGUAUUGCCUGCGCUGGCCGGCAGCAAUGGCUCUCCAGGGCUUCAAGCAGGGGCCUCUGCCAGCCCUGCCUGGAAAUGCCGUUAAGGAUUGCAGCUGGGACCUGCCUGCUCUGCCACUGAGCUGCGCACCCCAUCCAUCGCCAGGCUCGUCAGAGAGGGCCCUGAUCCCUUCGCUCCACCUCUUAAGGGGCCCUGUGCCCCAGACUUGCAGAGGGUCCUUUUUGAAGAAGCCCCCCUCCCCAAGUUACUUACCCCUCCUUCUCCUGCAAUGCACUUUUGAAUCCAGCCAAGCCCCAUGUCUUCCCUGGAUCGUCCCUAGUUCCCUUUUUUCACAAGUGUGUAUAUAUAUUCUUGGGCUCCUCACAGGACCUCAGAGCUGGUGGAUUUCACGGGGAGGGGGAGGGUCCCCUCCCUAGCUGCCCUCCUCCCAAGCUGGGCUGCCCUCUUAAACCCACUUUUCCCCUUGGCCUACCCUCCUGUACAUAUUUGUAACAUACAGACACAAAAAAAGUUAUACUUCAAAAUCUAUUUAAAAUGUGAAGGCAUCUUGCUUUGCACAAGGGUGCAGGGGGGGGGAGGGAGGGAGGGAGAAAAUGCAUGGAUUUUAAUUUCAGAGCCACACCCACUUCCUUGUGUAUUUAAACCUGCCCAUCUCAUUGCUCCAUCUGUCAUUUCUACAGUUUUUGC